UACGUCUUUGUCUUUCCACUGCUACCGAUGUACGCGGACGUGUCGCGACGGUGCUCUACGCAGUUAAGGGGAUACUAGGCACUUGGAAGGAGCAGAGCAAUUAAAAGGAUUGCAGGAUGAAAAUCCUUUGAAGUGGGAGUGAAUCAAGGCGUUUUCAAUCGCAAUCGGUGCUCCUCAAGUUCAGUGCGUGUCUGUUUUGUGAGAUGUGCUCGCCAGUGCCACAAAACCGUGAAGAAAAAAUGGUUUCGAGAAAAUUGUAAAUAAUAAAAUAUAUCAAAGCCAACGCACCUCGCGCAGCAAGCAAAAAUCGAAUUCCAUUCGCCAAAAUUGCCAAAGUGUAAUUGAUAUAUUGUGCAAUCCACCCCACUCGGCAAAAUUGGCCAAACAUGAGCCAAGAGAAAACCAAUGGCCUCGAAGGCGAGUCCAGCCGGGCUUCGAGCAGCUGUAGCACCGCGGCGGACUCCGCCAGCACCCUCGGGAAGCCCAAAGGGCUCAACGAGAGCGUCCAGCAGCAGUACACCCGUUUUGCGGAUUACUUUGUCAUCUGCGGGCUGGACCUGGACUCUGGCCUUGAACCUGAUCUGUUUGCAGGUGACAGUCUACAGUGUUCCCCGUUAGACCGGGCGUACAAGAGCAAACCGUUGGCACACUACCCGGAGAAUGUCGCGUGGAACCCGUUCGACGCGCACGGCAUCUGCAUGCUGUCCCUGCCCCAGGGGUUGCGUUUUCGAACGCAGAAACACAACAUCGAGCCGCGGUUUCACGCGUUCGCGACGACCCGCGAGGACGGCAAGCGGUGCUACGGGUUCAGUCUGGUGUUCUACGAGGAGGUCCGCAACCGGCAGAUCUGCAGUGCCAUGCACACGCUCCAGUCGAUGUACAUCACGGAGGUGUCCAGUUCGCAGCAACCGCCACCGGGGACGCUGCGCCGGGUCAAGGAGAGUCCGGUGAGCCGAUCGCUGCCGCGGCACUUUAAGAUUGCCGCACAAGCGCCCGCUUCGGCGCUCAGCUAUUACGAUAUUACUAAGGAUAAGCUGUACGUAGCGAAGAGCCUUUCGCUAGUCUGUCAGGUGCCGUACGCUCACAUCGCUGAGCUGUUUCUUCAGAAUCUCUUCAAGUGUCUUCCCCGCCAUCCCGGUUCUCGGCUGAGUCUCGAGAGCUACGUGUACAACAUACUAUACGAAGUGUCCACGCCCCCGCCCGGCAAGUCCAUCCGAAUAUACAUACCACCGGAAGAGCCUCACCUACCUCCCAUCGCCACCAUCCUGCAGCGUCCCGCUCUCAAAGACGAGCUUCCUUUCAUGGACUUUCCCCUCAGGCUACUGUUUACCUUCCUCAGCGUAGAUUGCGUAAUCCAGCUGUUCACCUGCGUCCUGCUGGAGAACCAAGUUCUGCUACGCUCCGUCGACUACCAGAAGCUCACCAUCAUCGCCGAGUGCAUCACUUCCCUGCUCUUCCCCUUCCAAUGGCAGCACGUGUACGCGCCCAUCCUCCCGGCUUCGCUGCACCACUUCCUCGACGCACCCGUCCCGUUCGUAAUGGGACUUCACUCGGACUGCGACAGCAGCAUGCGCAUCGGUAGCGAAGCCAACCUGUGCUACGUUGACAUCGACAAAAAGUGCGUCCAACUCCCAGAAGAGCUGCCCGCGUUCCCACACCGGCACGAUUUUAUCGCGGAGAUCAGUGCCGCGCUGGACAAGUACCAAGUACCUCGGGAUCGCUCGCUCGACCCGCCCUCCAUCCUCAGUCCGAAGAAUCUCCUCAAGGACCACGACAUGAUGACGACGAGCUGCACUCUCCCCACCGGAAUGCACGUCCGGAGGAAACACUCACUGCACGACGUCCUCGACUGGGACCGGCCCAACUCACCGGACCUUCCACUACCCCCGGCCGGCGUUCCCUCCCGGCCCGACGUUCGCCAACGCAUCGUGGACAUUGUGCGGCGCAGCGGCGGCGACGAGGUCGACUCCAGCCCGAACGAGGUGAUGCCCAGCACAAAGCAGAAGACGCCGCUCACCACGCUGGAGCAGUACUACGAAGAUCUGAGACUGAACAACUCCAUCCGGGAGAUCUUCCUGAACCGGUUCGUGCAGAUGUUUGCCGCGUACGAGCAGUACGUCAUCCUGCCGAAUCAGGCCCGCGAGGACUGGCUGAGCAACCGCGAGUCGAUGCACAACUUCGACAAGGCGUCUUUCCUGUCCGACCAGCCGCAGCACCAUCGGCCCUUCCUGUCGCAGUUCCUCGAGAGCCAGAUGUUUGUGACGCUGAUCGACAACAAAAUCAUGAUGUCCUGGGGGGACGACGGCGGCGGUGGCUGCUCGCUGGACAGCAUCAACGGCGACGUGGAGUACAAUCUGAAGCUGUUCGACAAUCGAAUCAAGAUUUUGAGGAAACGGUACGGCGGUGAAAGCAUGAUCCGGACCGCCAACUACGAGCCGUGUCUGCUGGCGCGGGAAACGCAAAAACUGCUGGACAAGCGGCUGGCCAGCAUCGACAUGGAGGUGGCGCCACCGAGUGAGAUUCUGGACAAGCGCCCGCCGUACUACCGAAGCUUUCCGUUGUUGGAGAAGUCCGCGCUGAACCAGGAGUGCGCCUCGAGAGGAAACAGCUUGCGGCGGGUCAAGAACGGCUCCAAGUGGAAGGUGAAAGAGAUCUCGCUGGACGGGGGCAAUAAGGAGAACGACGGCGGCGGCAACAAGUCCAACCGGAACUCGGCCAACCUGUCCGGGACGGAGAUCAGCCCGGCGCUGAUGGCGCAAGCCAACUGGACCUUCGUGGAGAAGCUGCUGAAGGACUGCAAAAGCAAAACCAAGCGGAUGCUGCUGGAGAAGAUGGGAACGGAAGCGAUCGAGCUGGGACUCAGCGGAGAGGCUUCGGUGACCGGAGUCGAGGAGAACACGAUGAUCGCGUCGCUGUGCGACCUGCUGGAGAAGGUUUGGUCGCACGGGCUGGUAAACAAACAGGGCAAGUCCGCACUGUGGACGCAUCUGACGGCCUAUCUGGAGAUCAAGGACUGCCAGAAUCCGAGCAAGCAGAUCGACACCAACUAUCUGACGCCAGACGUAGCCAGCUGCACUACCCCUAAAUCAAGCUUGACUAGCAAAGGCAAACACUCAAAGCACACCAUUAGUCCCAUUAUUGUGUCACCUGUCGUCAGUAAUUACGGUGGUAGCCCCGAUACUAGCAAUACCGGUAGUCGUAAGAACAAGCUGAACAGCAUAAUCCGACUCAAGCGUAACACCACCAACCAGUCAAAGCCUCCGAUGGUGGCCCGUCGGAACGAACCGAUCUCGCUCUCCUCACCGGAGAUAUCGCCGACGGUUCCGAAACGACUGAGCCACUUUGUCCUCCCCAAUAUCAUAGCCAAUCUGGUCGGUAACAAGUACGCCAGUGUCCCCAGCUCGGACAACGGGUACGGUAGUAUCAACGAUCUUUCAUCGCUGGCGAUUGAACCGGAGAUUCCACCGUCACCGACGCGCGGUCGUUCCAAGUCACGGGACCGCAAAAGUCUGGGACCUGAGCAGCUACGUCCGCUACCUGAAUCUCUAGAGUUCGACAUUAGAAACAUUCUCUCGAUGACGGACAUCAAGACGCACAUCGGCUACGCCCGGGCCUGGGUGCGGCUCGCUCUGGAAAAGAAACUCCUCUCCCGUCACCUGCGCUCUCUGCUCUCCGAUACCGCCCUGCUGCGGCAGCUGUACAAACGGUCCGCCUUUGUGCGCUGCGACGACGAGGUCGAACAGUUCCUGUACCACCUGCUGACGCUGAACGCGGUGGACUACUUUUGCUACACCAACACGUACCCCACGGCCAAGCUGCCGUACCGUGUGGUGAUAUUCCCGUCGAAGAAGGGCUCCGCCGCGACCACCUCUGCCAACGUGGUGAUUGCCAUCUCCGGCACGCUCGGCGAAACGCAGCUUAUCAACGUGCCGCGGCACUCGCUGGAGUUUGUGUUCCAUCAUAAAACGCUCGGAAUACUGACGUCGCUGCGGAUAGGUCACGACGACACCGGAAUGUCCUCCAAGUGGCUGGUGGAACACGUUGUCGUGCGGAACGAGGUCUCUGGACAUACGUACAAAUUCCCCUGUGGUCGCUGGCUGGGUCGCGGUAUCGACGACGGUUCCAUCGAACGGCUGCUCAUCGGACAGCUCGUGCCACGGACCGUAGACAGUGAAGAGCUGGUCGAAGCGUGCCGGACACCUCCGCGAACGCGCAGUCCAAGCAUCCAGCGGCCGGAGGUGCGUCCCUCGGACAUCCAGCACAUGUUGGGAGAUUCCGUGAACGCGAUUGUCAAGUGGCACUACCGACCAAGUCGGGAGCGGGACGCCAGCUCGUUGACGAACCUGCUCUGCGGCGAGAACGGCCUAGUCAAGUGUUUGGAGCAGGCGUUCCUGUGCGGGUUCCGCUCGCAGCGGAUGUUCGGACGGAAUCUGUACCUCUGGGAUUACUUCGUGCGGGUCAAGGAACAGUUCGAGACCAGUUUGGUUGAAGAAUCGGUCGAGUUGGUACGGGGAGGCGGCUCGGUAUGCAACUCACCGCCGACGAGCGGGUCGAGUCCGGAGUCUCCUCCGCAAGGGUCCACCACGGUGCUUCCUCCGGUGGCGCGUCAGGAGCUGUCCGCCGUAUGGCGCUGCUACUGCCAUCUGAUGGACGAAAUCAACAACGUGAAGCAGACACUGGGCAAAGAUGGACGCUUCCAGCUGUUCAUUUGCUUGAGCUUAAGGGAACACCUCCUGCACCGGAUGCUAGUUCCGAUGGCGUACACCCGGGUGACGACCGAGAUGUACGAGGAGCAGAGCUUCAUGCGCAAAAAGGGACUACUCACCUUUUUGCGGCAGAUCAUGGAACCCCUGGACGAGUUUCACAUCGUGCUCGAGAACUCCAUCACGCAAGGUAUCGGAUCUCACUGUUAAGCGGCAGGCAGCUACCGUACUCGCGACUACGAAACCCAGGUCAAUACAGGCAAAGAGGUGCGAGAGAGGAU